AUGGAGGUAAGCACGGGGAUCGUCUCCUCUGGGAUCGUCUCCUCUGGGAUCGUCUCCUCUGGGAUCGUCUCCUCUGGGAUCGUCUCCCCUGGGAUCGUCUCUUCUGGGAUCGUCUCCUCUGGGAUCGUCUCCGUUGCUGUGGGGAUCGGACAAGAGGCCCCCUCUGAUGCUGUUGCUGCAGCAGCAAAGGCGCUGCAGCAGCGGGGGGCCCCUGGGGGCCCCCCUAAUCCAUUAGGGGAUGGGGGGCCCCCUUCCCCUUUUCCUGCUGCUCUUAGGGAGACAGUCUUAGACUUUUAUACAACCUUUGCAGCCCUCAGUGACGAUAUGGUAGAACAACUCAUAAGAGAAUCUCUCCAAGCAAAGAAACAAACCCUCAAAUCUGGGGCUCGAUGUCUUAAGGCAAUAGCGCGACUAUCUAACAAAUCAGCAGCAGCAGCAGCAGCAGCAGCAGCAGAAGCAGCAGCAGCAGAAGCAGCAGCAGCAAACCCUAAGGGAGAUGCUGCUGCUGAGGCUUUGGAUAAGUACGCAAUAAGAGGAGAGUUACCUCUUAUACAAAUCAUAGAUUUGCUGCUGGCGUUGCUUAGUAUACGAUUAAGGCUUCAUCUGCAGCAGCAGCUGCAGCAGCAGCAGCAGCAGCAGCAGCAGCAGCAGCAGCAACAGGAGCAGCAGCAAGUGGGGAGCCAGCAGGAGCAAGAGGAACAGCUGCAGCAGCAGCAGCCACAAGAGUGUCUCCAGCAGGAGAAGCAACAGCAACAGCAACUGCAGCAGCAGGAGCAGCAGCAGCAAAAGGAUUUGCUGCUACCAGAGGAGCAGCAGCAGCAGCUAGAUUUGCUGCUGCAGGAGCCCUGGGGCCUCGUGCUGCAGCAGCAGCAGCUGCUGCUGCUGCAGCAGAAGAGCAAGGAACAGCAGCACCAGCAGCAGCACCAGCAGCAGCAGCAACGGCUAUUGGCUGGUCUUGGUUAUCAUCCCGUUUUCUUUAUUUGUCUAUCGCGGUCUGAUUGUCUUAUCCCUGUUAUCUUCUCCACUUCUGCUGCUGCUGCUGCCAGCAGCAGCAGCAGCAGCAGCAGCAGCAGCAGCAGCAGCAGCAGCAGCAGCAGCAGCAGCAGCAGCAGCAACUUGGAGGAAGUCAUCAAUAUUUAUUUCUUUUAUUUUUUCUGA